GAGAGCGCAGAGGAGGCGCGCGAAGGCUGAACGCCCCGCAUCCCGACAGACCCCAGAUCGCAGGAGAAGAGCCCGCGCCGAGGGGCGUCCGCGGGCCAGGCGGUGCGGGACUCGUGCGGUCCGAGGGCAGAUCGGGGGUCUCACGUGCCCCUGUCCGCAGCCGCCCGAGAUGAGCGAGGCGAGCAGGGUGUGCUCGGGCUACUACAGCCUCAACCACAGCUUCGUGGAGCCCUUCGAGUGUCCCCGGAGCGGCGAGGGGGCCGCCCUCCUCUACUGCUGCGGCUUCGCCGACCUCAAGUACUGCUGCAGCGAGCCGGGCAGCUACUUCCCCUACAAGCACAGCUAUAUGUGGAGCCUCAGCAUCGGUGCCCUGGUUGGCCUGGGAACUGCUGCCCUUGUUCUACUUGCCUUUGUCAUCAGCGUCUGUGUCCUUUGCUACUUAUUUCUGUAUACAAAGCCCCGAAGAUUAGACACUGGCCUUAAACUUCAACACCUAGAGGCUUCUGCCACUCAAGAAGGCAACCCAAACAGGAAAGCCAAUGCCCCCAAUUCAAAUGCAGCAUCAAAUUCGACAAUUGAAACAUCCUACGAAGCUGAUGACAUGAAUCAAGAGCCACCGAUGGAGACGACACAAAUCAGCACCGUGUAUUAUUAAAAAGCCUGUGCUGUAAAAGCUCACUGGAGGGACAGAGCAAAUAAAAAUAAAGAAUGCAUUUCAAAUAC